CGCCGCGAGGGAGUCACGUGGCUCCUUCCUUUCCGUCUCUGGCCGGCUGGGCGCGGGCGACUGCUGGCGAGGCGCGUGGAAGCUCGCGCUAGUCCCCCCUCCGCCUUCUCUCCCGGUCCAGGCCACUAGGGAGUUCGCUGACGCCGGGUGAGCUGAGCCUACCGCCAAGAUGCCGGCCUAUUUCCAGAGGCCGGAAAAUGCCCUCAAGCGCGCCAACGAAUUUCUUGAGGUUGGCAAAAAGCAGCCUGCCCUGGAUGUUCUUUAUGAUGUUAUGAAAAGUAAGAAGCACAGAACAUGGCAGAAGAUACAUGAACCAAUUAUGUUGAAAUACUUGGAACUGUGUGUGGAUCUUCGUAAGAGCCAUUUGGCUAAGGAAGGGUUAUAUCAAUAUAAGAACAUUUGUCAGCAGGUAAACAUUAAAUCUUUAGAAGACGUUGUUAGGGCAUAUUUGAAAUUAGCAGAGGAAAAAACAGAAGCUGCUAAAGAAGAGUCCCAACAAAUGGUGUUAGAUAUAGAAGAUCUGGAUAAUAUUCAGACUCCUGAGAGUGUUCUCUUAAGUGCAGUAAGUGGGGAAGACACCCAGGAUCGCACUGACAGAUUGCUACUGACUCCCUGGGUCAAGUUCCUGUGGGAAUCAUACAGGCAGUGCUUGGACCUUCUUCGAAACAAUUCUAGAGUAGAGCGUCUUUAUCAUGAUAUUGCCCAGCAAGCUUUCAAAUUCUGCCUCCAGUAUACUCGCAAGGCUGAGUUCCGCAAGCUCUGUGACAACUUGCGAAUGCACUUAUCACAGAUUCAGCGCCACCAUAACCAAAGCACAGCAAUCAAUCUUAAUAAUCCAGAGAGCCAGUCCAUGCAUUUGGAAACCAGACUUGUUCAGUUGGACAGUGCUAUUAGCAUGGAAUUAUGGCAGGAAGCCUUCAAAGCUGUGGAAGAUAUUCAUGGAUUAUUUUCCUUGUCUAAAAAACCACCUAAGCCUCAGUUGAUGGCAAAUUACUAUAACAAAGUUUCAACAGUGUUUUGGAAAUCUGGAAAUGCUCUGUUCCAUGCAUCUACACUUCAUCGUCUUUAUCAUCUGUCUAGAGAAAUGAGAAAGAAUCUUACACAAGAUGAGAUGCAAAGGAUGUCUACUAGAGUCCUUUUGGCAACUCUUUCCAUUCCUAUUACUCCUGAGCGAACUGACAUUGCUCGACUUUUGGAUAUGGAUGGUAUUAUAGUUGAGAAGCAGCGACGCCUUGCAACACUGCUAGGUCUUCAAGCCCCACCCACACGAAUCGGCCUUAUUAAUGAUAUGGUCAGAUUUAAUGUACUACAAUAUGUUGUCCCAGAAGUGAAAGACCUUUACAACUGGUUGGAAGUAGAAUUCAACCCUCUAAAACUCUGUGAGAGAGUCACAAAGGUAUUAAAUUGGGUUAGGGAACAACCUGAAAAGGAACCAGAAUUACAACAAUAUGUACCACAACUACAGAACAAUACCAUACUCCGCCUUCUGCAACAGGUGGCACAGAUAUAUCAGAGCAUUGAGUUUUCUCGUUUGACUUCUCUGGUUCCUUUUGUUGAUGCUUUCCAACUGGAACGGGCCAUAGUAGAUGCAGCCAGGCACUGUGACCUGCAGGUUCGUAUUGACCACACUUCUCGGACUCUGAGUUUUGGAUCAGAUUUGAAUUAUGCAACUCGAGAAGAUGCCCCGAUUGGUCCUCAUCUGCAGAGCAUGCCUUCAGAACAAAUAAGAAAUCAACUCACAGCAAUGUCCUCAGUGCUUGCAAAAGCACUUGAGGUCAUCAAGCCCACUCACAUUCUGCAAGAGAAAGAAGAACAACAUCAGUUGGCGGUUACUGCAUAUCUUAAGAAUUCACGAAAAGAACAUCAGCGGAUUCUGGCUCGCCGACAGACAAUUGAGGAAAGGAAAGAGCGUCUUGAAAGUCUGAAUAUCCAACGUGAGAAAGAAGAACUAGAGCAGAGGGAAGCUGAACUUCAGAAAGUACGGAAGGCUGAAGAGGAGAGGCUUCGUCAGGAGGCAAAGGAGCGAGAAAAGGAACGAAUUCUUCAGGAACAUGAGCAAAUUAAGAAAAAAACUGUUCGAGAGCGGCUAGAGCAGAUCAAGAAGACAGAACUGGGUGCCAAAGCAUUCAAAGAUAUAGACAUUGAAGACCUUGAAGAAUUGGAUCCAGAUUUUAUCAUGGCCAAACAGGUUGAACAACUAGAGAAAGAAAAGAAGGAACUUCAGGAACGCCUGAAGAAUCAAGAAAAGAAGAUUGACUAUUUUGAAAGAGCUAAACGUUUGGAAGAAAUUCCUUUGAUAAAGAGUGCUUAUGAGGAACAAAGGGUUAAAGACAUGGAUCUGUGGGAACAACAAGAAGAAGAAAGAAUUACUACAAUGCAACUGGAACGAGAAAAAGCUUUGGAACAUAAGAAUCGGAUGUCACGAAUGUUGGAAGACAGAGACCUAUUUGUGAUGCGGCUCAAAGCUGCCCGGCAAUCAGUCUAUGAGGAAAAACUGAAACAGUUUGAAGAGCGAUUAGCAGAAGAAAGGCACAAUCGCCUGGAAGAACGGAAAAGACAACGGAAAGAAGAACGCAAAAUAACUUACUACAGAGAAAAGGAAGAAGAAGAGCAGAGGAGGGCAGAAGAACAAAUGCUAAAAGAGCGAGAGGAAAGAGAGCGUGCUGAGAGAGCAAAACGGGAGGAAGAACUUAGAGAGUAUCAGGAGCGAGUCAAGAAACUGGAGGAAGUAGAAAGGAAAAAGCGGCAAAGAGAGCUGGAAAUUGAAGAAAGAGAAAGGCGCAGAGAAGAAGAGAGGAGACUUGGUGAUGAUCCACUUUCUAGGAAGGACUCUCGUUGGGGAGAUAGAGAUUCAGAAGGCACAUGGAGAAAAGGACCAGAAGCUGACUCUGAGUGGAGGAGAGGACCACCAGAGAAGUAAGUAGAGUCACAGCAACAGUGUGCGU